AUGGAGAGGCUCCAGAAAUACGUCUUACUUCCUCUCAUCGUAACUGCCUUCCUAACAGGUCUUGGCUCUUGUUACUCUAUUAUAGAAGGCCCAUCGAAUGCAACCGUCCUUGCUGGCUCAGAAGCCCGCUUCAAUUGCACGGUGUCGGUCGGGUGGGUGAUUCUCAUUUGGCUGUCCAAUGCGAAUCCUGUCCUCACUGUCAUCAGCUCUCAAGGAGCUGUUGAGACGUCAGACCGCUUCACCUCUCAGAACUACACCAGUGGCGACGCGUUUACCUCGGAGCUGAUCAUCCACAACACCCAGCUGAGUGACUCUGGGAAAAUCGAAUGCAGCGCCCAGCAAUCUACUGAGAGCAGGUUUGCAUUUCUUUCUGUUCAAGUUAAUGGAUCUUUAUUAAUCAAAAAUAGCACCUUAACAGUAAAAGAGAACAAAACAGUUGACAUUGUUUGUGAAGCCUCAGGAUGGUCUCCAGCUCCAGACAUUACCUGGAUGACAAAUGACUCUUUCAUUGAUAAGUCAAGGUAUGUUACCCAGCAAAGUCAAGGAUCUGAUGACCUCUACAAUGCCCUGAGCAUCCUAACUUUGACUCCAACGGAUACUGAGAUUUUGACUUGUUUAGCUGACAUAGAAGCACUCCCUAGCCCUCAGAAUGCAAGUGUAACUGUUAUUUUUGUCAACUCCACUAUGGAAUAUGAGUACAGUGAAGACAGCGGAAGCACGAGGGUUAUUGUACUUGCAGUUGUGUUUUCAGUACUUGGUAUUGUUCUUCUGAUCGUUAUUAUUGUGGUUGUUGUUCGCUGCUGCUGCCUGAAGAAGAAAGAAUCAACGUAUCAAGAUGAAAUCAGAAAAGUUACAGCUGAGAAGAAAAACUAUGGCAAUGUGGAAAACAGGCAGAGGCAUGGCAGUGAGAAUCUGGGAUACAUUCCAGAGGAACUGUGGAACAUAGAAAAAAUCCCAAGAGUUACUUCUCUUGCCCCAGUGUCUUCAGAGUUCACUGUCUCUGCUGCAGAUUUACAUACCAGUUCUGUACCAAAGGUGCGACCUCAAAGACAUAUUGAUUACCCGAUCAACGCAAAGAAAAUUAGAAACGUGACACUUGUUUAG